AUGGCAGUCGAAGAGGUACAAUUAUUAGGACAAGGAGCUGGAUACGGUAUUCUUGUAGGUGUUGGUGCAUUCUUUGCCAUUGGUAUAGUAAUUGCCACAAAGCUUAUGACUAAAUAUUUACAUGAAAAUGCGAACUCAACUGAAAUGUUCAUGGUUGCAAAUCGAACAGUUGGAACUGGAUUAACCACUAGUGCGGUUUAUCUGUCUUGGAGUUGGGCAACUGAAUUCUUAUGGUGUGUUACUAUGGUUUACCUCUAUGGUGUAAUGGCAGCUUUUUGGUUUGGAGCUGGGCUCACUGUUCAAAUCUGUGUUAUGGCUGUACUUGGGAUUGAAGCAAAGAAAAAAAUCCCUGCAAGUCAUACAUGCCUUGAAAUUAUCGAAUUGAGGUAUGGAAAAGCAUGCCAUUUACUCUACAUGUUCUUAUGUUUGGUAAACAAUUUACUAUCAUGUUCUGCAAUGAUUUUGGGUGCUUCUGGUGCUAUUUCUGUAAUUUCAGGAAACUUAAAUAUUGUUGCAAGCACAAUGUUAAUUCCAUUUGGUGUACUAUUAUAUACCACAGUUGGUGGGUUAAAGUCAACUUUCUUGACCGAUUUUGUGCAUUCAUUUAUUCUUAUAAUAGUGUUAUGUUAUAUUGUCACUUCAAUUUUGACAAGUGACCAGAUUGGUGGUAUUGGAGGUCUCUAUGAUUUAGCCAUUAAACAUGAUGGUGACAGAUACAUCGAGGGGAACUAUCAAGGAUCUCAUUUAACUGGGAAAUCCCAAGGUGCCAUAUUUUUUGCUAUUAUUCAUGCAAUUGGUGAUACAGGGUUGACCGUUAUGGAUAGUUCAUUUUGGCAGAAAAGUUUUAGUGCUGAUUUGAAGGCGUCAGUUCCAGCAUAUAUUCUUGCAGCUGUGAUGAUUUUUGCCAACGUGUGGUCUUUGGGAACAAUUGUUGGGCUUGCUAAUGUUAUUUUGGAGGGAAGUCCAUCCUUUCCAACUUACCCGCGUAAAAUGACUGACUAUGAAGUCAAUAGUGGGUUUGGUUUACCGUAUGUUUUGAAAGCAUUAUUAGGUGAUAAAGCCCUCGGAUCUUUACUUCUUAUUCUUUAUCUUGCCGUUACCUCGACCGUAAGUGCACAAAUGAUAUCUGUUAGUAGUAUCAUUUCGUUUGAUAUAUAUAAGAAGUAUAUCAAGCCUGAAGCCAAAAAUCAUCAUUUAAUCAGGGUCUCUCAUAUCGGAGUUGUCGUAUUCGGACUUUUUGCAGCUGGAUUUUCAGUCAUGCUCCAUUUUGUUGGUGUGGAUCUUACUUGGAUGAGUUAUUUCUACUCCAUGGUUAUUUGUCCAGGGGUUGUCCCCUUGAUCUUAUCAAUUACGUGGGAUCGCCAGACUACGUUAGCUGCAUUUGUCUCACCAAUUGUAGGAAUGAUUGCUGGAAUUUCUGUAUGGGUUGCAACAGCAUAUAAAUUCUAUGGAGAAGUUACUAUUAAGAGUACUGGCCAACAGUUGCCUUGCCUUUAUGGUGGACUUACAACGAUAGUGUUACCAGGAAUUCUUACGGUGAUUAUUUCUCUCACCAUUAAUCCAAAAAAAUUUGAUUGGGAAAAAUUUAAAGAAGCACAAAUCAUCAUUGCCGAAGAAGAAGAAUCAGUAACAGUAUCAGAAGUUGGUCUGACUGUCGGAAGUAAGGAUGCUCUUCCCGACAAAGAGAAAACAUUGGUUCGAAAUGAAUCUUUAAGUGAUGUUGAGAUUCAAAAUCAAGAUGAGAAGCAAUCCCUUGAAAAUGAAAGAACAAUUAGCCUUUACAUAAAGUUAGCUUAUGGAUCGACAAUCUUCACUACACUUUUGUUAUGGGUUGUUUGGCCAUUGCCCCUCUAUAGAGAUUGGAUAUGGAGCCGACCAUUUUUCAUUGGAUGGACGACAGUGAGUGUGAUUUGGUUAUACUUUGCUCUUAUUGCAGUCGCCAUUUACCCCUUAUGGGAUGGAAGACACGAGCUUGCCAAAGUUUCAAGAGGUGUUUGGAAAGAUUAUAUUAAGAGAAAAUGA